CAAAAUAUCCUUCUCCUGCAUGUUUAAAUUUCAGAAACAAGAUUGACAAAAUGUUAAUUUCGUUAAUAAUUCUUUCUGUAUAUUCUAUUUGUUGUUAACUAGGUGGUCGAUCGCUGAGAGUCGAGAAGCCGAAACGGCAAGGGACGAUGGAGAGCACGUGGAAAAUGAUUACGGAGAAGAAGGCAAUGCCGUUGUCUAGGCACCUGAAGAAAUCAGAGACUUUUAAGGACACAUGGGAGAAUCAGGUGAUCGUGGAUUCGCUGGCUGAGCCGUCGCCGGUGGUGAAGAAAUCGGAAACGUUCAAGGACCGGACCAAUUUCCAGCUGUCAGCAGCGCAAGUGAGCUCCUCCCCGGCUUCAGUACUGAAGCUGAGAAAGGAGCCGUCGCUGAGUCAGGACGAGUUGAAUCGGCGAGUGGAGGCAUUUAUAAAGAAGUUCAACGAGGAGAUGAGGUUGCAGAGGCAGGAAUCGCUUAAUCAGUAAAAGGGAAUGAUUGACCGUGGAAGCUAGUAAAUUAACAAAAGGGAAAUUAUUACUAAUUUUUACUAGUAUCAUAUAGAGCAGUUAAAGUGUGUUUUGGGAAAAAAAAAAAAACAUAUUAUUAAUUACAAAAAAGAAGGGAGGGGGGGAAGGACAGGGAAUAUGUAAAUUAAUUUUUGUAAUGUUGUUUUCUCCGAUGGUCUGAUCGUUUGAGUUAUUGAACAAAAAAAAAUGAUGUCUUACAAACUUUUUCCCAUUUUUAACUGAGGGUGGAUUUCAUUAGCAGAUAGGGUUUGAAACUUGUAAGAUGAUAGAAAUGUUUGUAAAAGAAGAUGACAAGUAGAUGCUCUUUUGUUUCGUCUAUCUGGAUGAAAUGAUCUUUCUUGCUAUUAUUUCAUUGAUAUACUUAUUUAGUUAUGAUCUAUAUCACUUUAAGAGGGUCUCUUUUUUUUUAGUAUAAAGAGAACAAUAUUAU